AGAGCGAUUGCAGCUGUGACGUGGGCGUUGUUGUUCCAUUCAGUGCCCUCGCCAUGGCAACGGGGCAAAAGGCCCUUGGAAGCCUCUCUGGACAGGAGAGCCAGCUGGACGUCUCCUUCUGCAGCGUCUUCCAUGCAGGAAAAGCAUCUCAGAUAUUCCAUUUGAAGUGACUUGAAUGCACCAUUUUCAUCGUAACGCCAUUUAUCAAUGUUGAUUCAGUCUUCUCGACUUCAUUCACGACUCGGGUGCCAACCUGAAGGCCCGGGGGCCUGAUUUGAUGGAACAAAAUACCCUGCUCAUAAAAAUAAAGGGAACACUUCAACAACACAACGUAACUCCCAAGUCCAUCACGCUUCUGUGAAAUCAAACUUAGGAAGGACAAUCACUUUCACUUGCCGUCGCGCAAAUGGAAUAAACAGCAGGUGGACAGCGAGACGUAAUUCCAAAAUUACAAAUUGAAUCAUAAAUAAAUACAUUUUUGUGUGAUUUUGUUGUCAGCACUCAACUAUGUGAAGAACAAAAGAUUUAAUAAGAAGGCUUCCUUCAUGCGGAUCCAGGUUGUGUUAUUGUUCGCUUUUUCAGCUUUUUGAAAACGCACUGCAAGUCACUUGUAUCGUACGAUACCGUGCAAGGCAGGGGCGUCCACCGUGCGUGCGGCCCGAAGCUCGUUUUUUUCAUUGGCCCGCGGCACAUUCUUAAAAGUAGACGACCGCUCAAAAGUUUUCAGACACCCGGAUUUUUCCAGUUAUUUAAUUGAAAUUCAGGUCGUUCAAGUCCAAUGAAUAGCUUUGAAAUUGGUACCAAGGUCAGAGGUGACGUGCAAGAGGUCAGAAAAAAAGGUAUUUUUGCUUCAGGGACCAGAAAAUGGCUCAACAAUUUAAAACUGUUCUGCAGGAAUGGAGGCUGAUCAAGCCUUGGCAGUUGAUGCAAGUCAUUCCUACAGGUGGAGGACUUACUACCUCCUCCGUCCGCAUAAAAACCAUGUUUAGGAUCACACUGUGGUACUACACCCCCGUGAACAUCAGCUGGACAGCAUCGUACUGGAGAACGUCAUGUGUAGCUACAAAAAUGGCAAGAAAAAGGCACUUAAUAAAGCAAGAGAGGCCGACCAUCUUAGUUUUAGUACUUAAAAGUGUAGCUUUUUCCUCCGGAGAAACUGGGGCGUUCUAAAACUUUUGACCGGUAGGGUACAACCAAACACAAACUUCACGGUUCGGUUUGCUCCGAUACUUUCUCGAUACCAAAAAGAAAUGACCUUGCCCUUUUUAAUUUGAAUUUUAUUGAAAUUGCCAACAUUUUUCAACAUUUCCAGGAUGGUGUGAAUGUGGGAGGCGGAGCUCAGCGCCGCCGUGCUUGACAAUGCGACCCAAGCCAGAGUAGUCGAUCGCAGAUACACUGAGCUUUCGGCACAGAGCGCCGUCAGAGGUUGAUCAAAUAAAUAUGAAACUGCGUAUCGUUCGAUCCAGGGGUCACGGCUCGGUACGCAUGUGUAGUGAACGGUUCGAUACAGAUACACGUGUUGUUGCACCCCUAGUAGACGGACGAUACUCCCAGAAUUGCUUGUUUAUUCAGCCAUCUUGGAUCGCACACCCAACAUCUAGUGAUGUGCAGAUGGAUACUGAAAUAUCUACACUUCCGAUGCCAGAACUUUUUGCUGUAAGAAUCGAUUCUCAAAUCAAAACGUUGAUCCUUUGAUACUUGAUUCAUUUGAGGUCAUGUCUAUCAUUACCGGUACCGGUCCCCCCCCCGAACCCCCGCCUGAAUUUUACUUCGUAUGGGAUCAGAAAGAAAAUCCGUGGUAUCGCACAUCACCAGCCAACACCAAAUCUUGCGAUGCUUGGUGAACACAUGACUACGGUAUCCUGUAAGGCUCAUUCAUUUGACAGACUACACAAACUAGUUUGCCGCAGCAACAGUAAUUUCAGUCCUGGCAAAGAACGAAGAAAGCAAGCUAGCUAAUGUUGCGAAAUGGCUAAAGGCGUGAGCUAUCACAAACCAUCAGCAAUAUUGACAAGUUGUGGUUGUGGUGUGGAUCCCCUCCUCCGCUUCUCUCGCCGCUCCUCGCCGUUUCCGCCAACAAGAGUCUUCAAUAAAGGUAAAAGUGAUGUUAAAUGUUCAUUUAUCCAUUUUAGUCCUCAUUUAUAAUUAUUUUGCACUGAUUUCUGCACAAGGCUAUAAGUAUCGCCUAGAAAAAAAAUGUUUUUGUUCAUAUUUUUGAGUGUCUUGAACGGAAGAAUUUGUUAUUUGUUAUUUCCAUGUAAAAAUGCGUUGAUUUUCGUACAUUUUCCGUUUUCGUCGGACCUCUUGGAAGACAUCAAUAAUGAAAAGCGAGGUACCACAGCACCGAAAAUAAUAAUAAUUAAAUAAUAACACGGAGAAAGAAUUGGAAUGUUGAUGCUAGUAACACAAAGCCAACGUGUAAGCUGGGUUUUUUUUAACUUCUUCGCAUAUCGGAUUGGUUUUAGCCUUUUUUGCAACAUGAAUCAUAUAAAAACUAAUCAUCUGAUUUUUCAGUAUGCAGCCCCCCCCCAUGUGGAAAACGUUUGGACACCCCUGGUGUAAUGGCACGCCAUAAUGACAGCACGGCGUGUGCCUCAAUUUUAAGGUCACAGUUUGGUUUGUUUUGGGUGCAGAAGGGAACAAAAUGCAAACAUUAAAAAAUGGUCCUUCUGAAAUAAAUACUAAAAAUGAGGUCAUUCAUGAUAGCUUAGAAGGUUUCCUUUUAGGAACGAGUGCGUGAAGAGUCUGAAUGAUCCUUUUAUUUUCAGUAACGUUCUUCAUGAAGGGUGCAAGCAGAGACUUUAACUACUGAAGAAGGUUUUCAAGCUCAGUCUUCUCCUUGGCAUUAGCCAAAGAUUGGCCUACACUGUAUUUGUUUACUGAAGAGACACCUUAUAUUACAAUACACACUUUUUGUCCCUCCACCAUGCGGGCUGCUGCAUGUUCCAGAGCAACACAACGUCUGCCCCUGAAGAGUGGGUUUGAAUAGCUGUGUAAUGGUCGUGUGUGUCAGUCAGGUGAUCAGUCCAGUCAGCUGGGAUAGGCUCCAGGAUGGAUGGAGUGUCUCCUGUGUUUACACUUUCCCUCCAUUUAGUGCUCCAGCGUGCUGCAGGACGCGGUAGUAUUGUGGGGCAGAGUGAUGGGGGGCUUGUGCACAAUCUCCCGUGACCAAUGAGCGGGGUGCUGUCAGGGGUAACCACAUCUGUCAGCCAUUCUCGGCCAAUAAAGAGCGGAGCGAGGCGGACCACAGGUGCGCGCCGCUGCGUCCCCUUGGCACAGCGCCCCGGAGAUGCUGGAGAGAGACGCCCGGCUGCCCUGUGGCGCGCACCGCUUCGUCCAAGGAAGCCUCUUUUUGACUCGCCCCCGACUCCGGUGGUGAUGGCCACCGCCACGUCGAACCACUUCAGCGUCCUCAGCGCCCCAGGCAGCGCGCCGCAGCCUCCGCCGCCGCCUCCGCCGCCGCCGCACACGGAAUCCGGGAGUAUGCAGCAGCAGCAGCAGGCGUACAGGGACGCGCACGCCCUCCUCCAGAGUGACUACGGCGGCUUGGCGGGUGGCGCGCACUCGCUCAGCCACGCGCACCAGUGGAUCGCGGCGUUGUCUCACGGGGACGGCGGGGCGACGUGGCCCCCCAGCCCCCUCGGCGAGCAGGACGUCAAGCCGGUGCUGCACGACGCCGACCGCGAGGAGCUGCGCGACUCCGGCGGCGACGCGCAGCAACAGCGACACCCUCACGCCGCGCAUCACGACGCCAGAGCAUGGCGCACCGGCAGCACCGCCUCCACGCACAUCCCCGCCAUGGCGACGUCUGAGGGCCAGGGGUUGCUCUACGCCCAGUCCGGCUUCAGCAUGAUGCCCGGGGGGGACCAGGGGGGCAUGCACCACCACACACACCCGCACCACCACCACCCUCUGCAGGACGAGGAGCACCACAGCCACAGCCCGCACCUGAGCGACCACGGAGGCGGGCCGGGGAGCCACCAGCAGCAGCAGCAGCCGCAGCAGCAGCAGCACGGGGGCCACCAGGACCAGUCCGACGAGGACACGCCGACCUCGGACGAGCUGGAGCAGUUCGCCAAGCAGUUCAAGCAGCGGCGCAUCAAGCUGGGCUUCACCCAGGCGGACGUGGGUCUGGCCCUGGGGACCCUCUACGGCAACGUCUUCUCGCAGACCACCAUCUGCAGGUUCGAGGCGCUGCAACUGAGCUUCAAGAACAUGUGCAAGCUGAAGCCUCUGCUGAACAAGUGGCUGGAGGAGGCCGACUCCACUUCGGGGAGCCCCACCAGCCUGGACAAAAUCGCCGCGCAGGGCAGGAAGAGGAAAAAGAGGACCUCCAUCGAGGUGGGCGUCAAGGGGGCCUUGGAGAGCCACUUCCUCAAGUGUCCCAAGCCCGGGGCGGCAGAGAUCAACUCGCUGGCGGACAGCCUGCAGCUUGAGAAGGAGGUGGUCCGGGUUUGGUUCUGUAACAGGAGGCAGAAGGAGAAGAGGAUGACGCCCGCUGGAGGGCAACUACCAGGGGGGGAGGACAUGUACGGGGACAGCCCCCCUCACCACGGAGGACAGACCCCUGUGCAGUGACCCACUCUCGUCUACCGGACCUUACAGGCCAUUUUCACACACAACAUGUUGAUCCACAAGGACACCCUGGAUUUACUGUCCGACAUAGCAGACAGCUGGAUGGAGCUCCUGCACGCUGCGGAACUCAUGGCGCCUAUUAUGGGAUGUAUUAUGGCAUGUAUUUUGGGAUGUGGCUGCUACGGGCAGACAUGAAAACACAUUUUUUGUGUCUGUUUCUCUGCAAAAGUGAAGACAAGGCGCGUCAUGUGCAAAAAGGCAGCGUGUGAAAUGUGGAUGUUUCCACGGGCUGGAUGAACCGCAGUGAGGGGUAAAUACACGCCAUCUUUCCGGGGAACAAAAGCAACAGGGGCUCCACAGCGACAGGAGGAAGGAAAUAGCAGACUAUGACAUUUCAAGCCAGCAAAAACAUCCUUAUUAUUAUUAUUAUUAUUAUUAUUAUUAUUAUUAUUAUUAUUAUUAUUAUUAUUAUUAUUUGAUCAGUCUCUUAAUCAGACUGCUAUUCUUAUUGUUGGUUAUAAUUGCUACUGUUAUAGUGAUUCAUAUUCAAUUCAAAUUAGUAAAAUAAUUCCAUUGAAGUGCUAUAAAUAUAUAUAAAAAUCAUUUUUGCUAUGACUACAGCACAUUUGUACUGAAAGCUCUUUAUAAGAAUCGUUUAAUAAUACAACAACAACAACAACAAUAAUAAUAAUAAUAACAUAAUAAUAAUAAUAAUAAUAGAGAGCUAUUAUUGCUUCACUUUAAAGCUUUUUCUGUGCAGUGUGUUUUUGCUGUUAUUUCUGUACUUUUCCAGAAAAAAAAGGUUUUAAAAAAAUGCCUGGAGAUUAAAAAAAAGCAAUCUAAUUUUGCCUUCGUCUCCUAUGAAGAUGGAGGACAUGAAUUAAAAAAAACAACUAAUACUAAUAAAAGAAGUGAAAUAUCUCCUGGUAUACCAGCUCUACUGUAUGAUUCAUACAUUCACCCAGACUAUUUGUGGGAUGUAUCUCAUCUGUUUUUUUGUUUUUGUAUACGCCUUGUUUUGUAUGUUUGUUUCUCUUGUCAGUCUGUGCCAACACACACACACACACACACACACACUUUCUUGUGCUACUGUGACAAGUAACCUUAUCUGAUGAGGUUAUACCGUAUAUGGAGGCCGGGAGGGACUUCAUUCUCCUGAUAAACGGUGGAGAAAAUCAGAAACUCAAAUGCAGCUUGAGGAUGUGGAAUAUAUACUCAGUAUGUGUAAAUAUAUACAGUAUACUGGGUGUAUAUAUAUAUAUACAUAUAUAUAUAUAUAUAUAUGUAUAUAUAUAUAUAGAUGACAAUUUUUUAAUGUGUGCAUUGCAACAACAUGCACAACGACACAAAAGCUUUGUGAAUGUAAACGCUGUGGACAACAUGACGAAAUACUUACAGAAAUGGUUUAUAUUAUUAUUACUAUUAUUGAUAAUAAUGUUUUUUUCUGAACAGGCCCAGCUGAAUUUGAGUUUCUGUGUGGGUAGAAGGGGGUGGAAAUGAAUACAAAACCAAAACAAAACACUAUCGACCUGAAAUCUGUGACGAGGAAAACAAAUCAACGAUUGCACAAUUUCUAUACAUGCUUUUUUGUCAUUAAAUCCUAU